CGGCGGGGCACCUGACGAGUUGGCAGGGUAACCGACUCCCGGAUGUGGAACCUGGCUGUGGCAGCAAGGUUGGCUGCAGUACAACAGUUACACCGCCGGCCUAUAUUUAAAGCAAAGUGCGUGACGUUUGUGUCUCUCAUGGAGAUUGUCAAGUGCCUCCACAUGAAGGCACGCAGUGAGGUGUAUCCAUGUUCUGCAGUUCUCCGGUUCCCUGUCCCCGAUGAUAAAGUGGACUGGGCAGUCCCAUGGACUAAUUACAACCCAGUCGACUAUACUGCCCCCGCCCUGCUGAAGCAACCAUCCUGGGCAGACCUACCUUACAGAGAUGAAGGAGAAUUGAACACGGUGCUGAAGUUCAAUCAGUUGGAUGGUGACGUGGAUAGAAGGUCCCAUACAGGAAAAUAUAAUCUGAUAAAUGGUUUCCCAAGGAAUCCUUGUGGACGGACUGGAUUAAAAGGGCGAGGACUCCUGGGAAGGUGGGGCCCGAACCAUGCAGCAGACCCCAUUGUGACCAGGUGGAAGAAGGAGAGUGGAAAAACGGUGACUCACAAUUGCUCUGGGAAGCCAAUCUUGCAGUUUGUGGCAAUUUGUAGAAAAGACAACAAGGAAUGGGCAAUUCCUGGGGGAAUGGUGGACCCUGGUGAGAAGGUGUCGGCCACACUCAGGAGGGAGUUUGGAGAAGAAACACUGAACUCCUUGGGUCUACCAGAAGCCGAGAGGCAGGGGAUGAAAGAGUUAAUCAACUUCCUGUUUGAGGCUGGAGAGAUGGUAUAUCAAGGAUAUGUUGAUGACCCUCGGAAUACUGAUAAUGCCUGGAUGGAAACUGUGGCCAUGAAUUACCAUGACGAGACAGGUGAGAGUGUGGGAAAACUCUCCCUUCAAGCUGGGGAUGAUGCUGGUGCGGUGAAGUGGAUGGACAUCGAGAAGGAGCAGAAUCUGUACGCCAGCCACACGCACUUUCUCCAUCAGCUAGUAAAGGCGAAGAAUGCUCACUGGUAACACCAGGCCCUGAACAUUUCCCACCCUGAGCCAACCUCAGCAACCACAGCUAAAGCUUCUGUACAUGAAGUUAAAGGUGGUAACUUUCUAUUCUUUGCCAGACUCCAACACAAUGAAGAUCACUACAUCUAACGGAGACUCCGAGCGAGCAGCUUUAAUUCCGCUGUUUAUGUUAAACUUUGGUCGGAGACAUGGUUUUACAUUUUGUACUUUUGUGUGACACAGAUCAUUUUUAGGUUCUGUUCCCCUUGUUGGGUAUCCAUCACAUGGUGGAGUUGCUGCCUUACAGCGCUAGAGACCCGGGUUUGAUCCUGAUUAUGGGUGCUGUCUGUAUGGAGUUUGUACAUUCUCCCUGUGACCUGCGUGGGUUUUCUCUCCAUACUCCC